AUGAAUAUCGAUGUGGUGUUUGAGAUACUCUUGCAUCUUCCCGUUCGAUCCCUCUUCAGAUUCAGAGCUGUCUGCAAAUUAUGGUGUUACGACAUUGAUUCUCCACACUUCAUAAAACUGCACACGUUGUUGCGACGUAACAAUUACAUCAAAGAUGAGGAGGUAUAUCUACGGUUUAUUAGUACUUAUGUCGAUAAUAGUCGAAACUUGAAGAGUAUAUCAAUAAAUCUCCUAGGCAACGGGAAGAAGUUAUUAAUGUCGCAUAAAUUUCCGGUUUACGACCUUAUAUUAUCUUGGGCAGUUAAGGGUCUAGUGUGCCUAAGUUCACCUCUAGGUAAGUCACAAGUUGCAAUAUGCAAUCCUUUUCUAGGUCAAUUCAAGAUUCUACCACUUCCUCCUUACACUUCUGCUCAAUCCUCAUAUCAUUUAGAUAGAGUGGGUUUGGGUUUUGACGAAUAUUACAAAGUGGUGCAUUUACGGCAAUGCAACAGUCAACGUUGUUUGCUUGCCCGUCUGUAUUCGGAAAGGACGAAUUCUUGGAGUAAUUUGGAUAUUGAUCAAGAUUUGGUCAUCCAGAGUCCCAUAAAGUCGUGGUGCAAGAAUGGAUCCUUUGUGCACUGGGAAGGGCGGAGAGGGAUAUACUAUAAGAAGAUUAUAGUAAGCUUUGAUAUGAAGAAUGAAGAGUUUCGAACAACUUCAAUAUCAUCACUAAUGGGUGACGAAGUAUUUUAUUACUCAUCUGGUUUUCGUGUUCUAGCAAAGAGUGACUUCUCUUUUGUUAUCCUUGUUUUCGACCGUCAGAGGUUGAAGGUUUAUGAGUCUAGCGGUGAAGGAAGUGAGCUUGUUUGGAAUAAUGUGAGUAAUGUGGAACUAAAGCCUUUUUGGAGGCUCAAAAUUCUGGAGAGUGAUGAUAUUCCAAUUUGGAGGAAUGAUGAUCGUGUGGUUGUUAGAGGUAGUAAAUACAGAGAAGUGAUUUUGUAUGAUUACCAUGCUCGGAAAUUCAUACGACGUUUCAACAUACCUACGAGCUCGAGCUCGACCUCGCCUGAUGACAUCAUUGAGUAUGAAGGAAGCUUGAUUUCACCUUAG